AUGCCAGCUCCACUAAUCAAUCAAUUGACGGCUAUUGAAGAUAAUUAUGAUGCAAUACGAAAAAUGUCAUCAUUUGAUAGUGCUACUUUUAAACAAUUAAAUGAUUUUAUUAAUGCAUGUUUAAAUCUGACGUCUGAUGCCGUCUUUUUAUAUCUUUUAAAACGUACAGCAUUUCAACUAAUUGAAUAUGUUGGUGGAUAUUUAUUAAAAGAAUGGCAUAAAGAAAGAAUCAAUUUCAAUGAUGAAAAAUUGAAAUUUUUAAAUAAUGUUGGUUUAUUAAACAUCAAAAUAGCUUUAUCAUUACAACUAAACGCAGACGUUGAUCUUGUUAAAACAUUAGUAUUUUUCAAUGAUAAUAACGAUGUGUUUAAUAUACUCAUCAGUAUACUAAUUAAUAUCCAUGACCUGGAUGGAAAAUUGUUAGAAAAUAUUCAUUCUAUAUUUGAUGCUAUAUCACACUUUGAGCAUAAUUGUUUCAGUCGUGAAACAGAAAAUAAAUUCUUAUUAUUAAAUAAUGAAAUUGAAAAAAUAUUAUUAUCAGAUGAAUAUGAACAGUAUCUACGCGAAUUAGCAACAAUAGAUUUGCAAAAUGUUACACCAAAGCAUGUGUUCUACAUUGGUACAUGUACAUUUUCAAUGGGUAUUCAUUUAUCAUGUAAAACAAUCGAUAAAACAAAUAAUAAAGAAUCAUUAAUCGAACAUUAUUUACCAAUUUAUCGUGAUAUAUUAAUCAAUUAUUCAAAAAAUCAAAAUAGUAAUUCUCUCUAUUGUGUAAUCGGUAUUAUUACUUAUUUGAUCAAUUAUGCAUUAGUUAACAUGGACCAACAUAAAAGAGAUGAAGAAUUACUUGUAUCAUUAUUGACAAUAGUGUUAGAUGAACAAUAUUAUUCGAGUAUCAGUUCAACAUGGAUAAAUAAUCAAACAAUUUUAAUUGAUCGAAUUCUCUCCUAUAUACUGAUAAUCGCCAGCACAGAAGACAAACUGCAACUGUUUAUACAUAUAGCCAAAUAUUACGGUGAACUGAAUGAUGUGCUAUAUCGUCCCACAGCGGCUGCGGCUUAUCAUAUCCUCUGGGCAUUAUCUUUCCACGAUCACAUUAAAACUCAAUUGAAAAAAAAUACCGAAUUUAAACUCACACUUUAUCAACUAUACGACAUAAAUAACACUAAUGAACAACUUACCUACAUUAUAACACAACUACUCCAGAAUUUAGACGAAACAAUUGAAACGAUAGCCAAUAGUGAAACAACUACUCCGGAUUACAUUCAAAUUAAUAGUCGAAAAAGUUCAUCGAAUGAAGACUCACAGGAUACAACAACAAACGACUUCAGAUAUCGAACAACUGAUGAUAUCACUCAAAAACAGGAUGAGGAGGCUGAUGACGUAGACGAGAACUAUGACUAUCAAACUAUUACUAGAUUUAAAUCUGGUUCUCCAACAUCACAGGUGGAUAACCAUAAAACGAUUACGCGCCAGAACGCUGAAGUUGAUCGUCUAAAAAGUUCAUCGAAUGAAGACGCACAGGAUACAAGAACAAACGACUUCAGAUAUCAUACAACUGAUGAUAUCACUCAAAACCAGGAUGAGGAGGCUGACGAUGUAAAUGAGAACUAUGACUAUCAGACUAUUACUAGAUUUAAAUCUGGAUCUCCAAGAUCAUACGUGGAAAAUGAUACAAAAAUUAUAUACCGCAACGCUGAUGUCGAUCGUCGAGAAGGUUCAUUGGAUGAAGAAGUACAGGAUACAAUAACAAGAGACUUCCGAUAUCGAACAACUGCUGACGUCGCUAAACGGGAGAACGUACUAAUGGAUAGAGGAUCCGAGGAUGACGUAUAUCGGAAUAUUACUGACUUCAAAUAUGGAUUUUCAUCAAUACAAACUGGCAACGAUAAAACGAUUACGCGCCAGAACGCUGACGCCGAUCGCCCAAAAAGUUCAUUGGAUGAAGACACACAGUAUACAAGAAGAAACGACUUCAGAUAUCAUACAACUGAUGAUAUCACUCAAAAACAGGAUGAGCAGACUGAUGCUGUAGACGAGUACUAUGAAUAUGAAACUAUUACUGUGUUUAAACCUGAAUCUCCAGUAUCACACGUGGACAACGAUAACACGAUUACGCGCCAGAACGCUGAAGUUGAUCGUCGAAAAAGUUCGGAUGAAGAAGCACAGGAUACAAGAACAAGAGACUACAGAUAUCGAACAAUUGAUAUGUGGGUUACCCAAAAAGAGAAUAAGGAGGCUGAUGAUGUGGACGAGUACUAUGAAUAUCAAACUAUUACUAUAUUUAAACCUGGAUCUCCAACAUCACAGGUGGAUAACGAUAAAAAGAUUACGCGCCACAACGGUGAAGUUGAUCGUCGAAAAAGUUCAUUGGAUGACGAAGUACAGGAUACAAGAACAAACGACUUCAGAUAUCGAACAACUGAGGAUAUCACUCAAACAAAGGAUGAGGAGACUGAUGAUGUAAACGAGAACUAUGACUAUCAAACUACUACUAGAUUUGAAUCUGGAUCUCCAAGAUCAUACGUGGAAAAUGAUACAAAAAUUAUAUACCGCAACGCUGAUGUCGAUCGUCGAGAAGGUUCAUCGGUUGAAGAAGCACAGGAUACAAGAACAAACCACUUCAGAUAUCGAACAACUAACGAUAUCACAAAAACUACGUACCGGAACGCUGACGUCGAUCGUCGAAAAAGUUCAUUGGAUGACGAAGUACAGGAUACAAGAACAAACGACUUCAGAUAUCGAACAACUGAGGAUAUCACUCAAACAAAGGAUGAGGAGACUGAUGAUGUAAACGAGAACUAUGACUAUCAAACUAUUUCUCGAUUUGAAUCUGGAUCUCCAAGAUCAUACGUGGAAAAUGAUACAAAAAUUACGUACCGGAACGCUGACGUCGAUCGUCGAGAAGCUUCGUUGGAUGAAGAAGUACAGGAUACAAGAACAAACCACUUCAGCUAUCGAACAACUGAGGAUAUCACUCAAACAAAGGAUGAGGAGACUGAUGAUAGAGACGAGAACUAUGCAUAUCAAACUAUUACUCGAUUUGAAUCUGGAUCUCCAACAUCAUACGUGGAAAAUGAUACAAAAAUUAGGUACCAGAACACUGACAUCGAUCGUCGAGAAGGUUCAUCGGUUGAAGAAGCACAGGAUACAAGAACAAACGACUUCAGAUAUCGAACAACUGGCGAUCUGACUCAAAAAGAGGAUGAGGAGACUGAUGAUAUAGACGAGAACUAUGACUAUCAAACUACUACUAGAUUUAAAUCUGGUGCUCCAACAUCACUGACGGAUAACCAGAAAAGGAUUACGCGCUUGAACGCUGACGUCGAUCGUCGAAAAAGUUCGUUGAAUGAAGAAGCAAAGGAUACAAUAACACGAGACUUCAGAUAUCGAACAAAUGACGAUGUCACUCAAAAAGAGGAUGAGGAGGCUGAAGAGAAAAGUUCAUUGGAUGACGAAGUACAGGAUACAAGAACAAACGACUUCAGAUAUCGAACAACUGAGGAUAUCACUCAAACAAAGGAUGAGGAGACUGAUGAUGUAAACGAGAACUAUGACUAUCAAACUAUUUCUCGAUUUGAAUCUGGAUCUCCAAGAUCAUACGUGGAAAAUGAUACAAAAAUUACGUACCGGAACGCUGACGUCGAUCGUCGAGAAGCUUCGUUGGAUGAAGAAGUACAGGAUACAAGAACAAACCACUUCAGCUAUCGAACAACUGAGGAUAUCACUCAAACAAAGGAUGAGGAGGCUGAUGAUGUAGACGAGAACUAUGACUAUCAAACUACUACUAGAUUUAAAUCUGGUUCUCCAACAUCACAGGUGGAUAACCAGAAAAGGAUUACGCGCUUGAACGCUGAUGUCGAUCGUCGAGAAGGUUCAUCGGUUGAAGACGCACAGGAUACAAGAACAAACCACUUCAGCUAUCGAACAACUGUGGAUAUCACUCAAAAACAGGAUGAGAAGGCUGAUGAUGUAGACGAGAACUAUGGAUAUCAAACUAUUACUAGAUUUAAAUCUGGUUCUCCAACAUCACAGGUGGAUAACCAGAAAACGAUUAUGCGCCAGACCACUGACGUCGAUCGUCGAAAAAGUUUAUUGGAUGAAGAAGCACAGGAUACAAGAACAAACGACUUCAGAUAUCGAACAAAUGGCGAUCUGACUCAAAAAGAGGAUGAGAAGGUUGAUGAUGUAGACGAGAACUAUGGCUAUGCAACUAUUAUCAGACUUAAACGUGGAGCUGCAACAUCACGGGUUGAUAACCAUAAAACGAUUACGGACCGAAACGCUGACGUCGAUCGUCGAAAAAGUUCAUCGGUUGAAGACGCACAGGAUACAAGAAGAAACGACUUCAGAUAUCGAACAAAUGACGAUGUCACUCAAAAAGAGCAUGGGGCGGCUGAUGAUGUAGAGGAGAACUAUGAAUAUCCAACUUUUACUACAUUUAAAUCUGGAUCUCCAACAUCACACGUGGGCAUUACUACAAAAAUUACGUACUGGAACGCUGAAGUUGAUCGUCGGAAAAGUUCAUCGGAUGAAGAAGCACAGGACACAAGAACAAGUGAUUUCCGACGGUCAACAACUAACGAUGACGCUAAAAGGGGGGAUUUACUAAUGGAUAGGAGAUCCGAGGGUAAGAUUUACCAGAAUGUCAGCAGACUGCAAGCUGGAUUACGAAGUGAAACAACGUUUAAAAAAAUGGACGCAAUUAAAUCGAAAGUUAUAGAAAGUGAGACGAAUGAAAAAUAUCAGGAAAUUCCACUUACAAUGUGGACGAACAAACAAGUUGUCGAAUGGUGUAAAGAUAAUGGUCUGACUGCAUUUGGAAGAUUACUGGUAAAUUAUGAUGGAAAAAGUAUAAUAAAAUUGUACGAAUUGAGUAAACAAAAUUCUUCGAAAACAAUCGAUUUACUAAAAAGUGAUUAUCAAAGAAUUGCCAACAAUGAGAUUGAUUCGAAUCAAUUAUCAGUUCUUGAUAUUAUACAUUUUCAACUAGAAGUGGAAAAAUAUUAUCCGAAACGAGUAAGCAUGAAAAUUACUAACAACAACAACAAAGUGCAUAUCGAUGAGAUUAGUACAGCAAAAAAGCAGCAUAAAAACAGCCCGAGAAGUCCAAAAGCAAAAGUAUGCACGAUUCUCUAA